ACACCAGAAAUAAUUAAUUUCAUUUUAUUUUUCCUUGAAGCAAAAACCAAAGAAAAAGAAGUGAGGCUUGGCUUUGCGGAUCCGAAAGAACCAAUCUUGCUCCGAUCAGACUUCGAUCCUCGGCGCAGAGCCCAUUAGGGUUUCUCCCAAUUCCGCAAGAAUUUUUCCUUUUCUUCAUUGUUGCGUUUGUUUCUCUUCUCGGGUCAACUUCUGUGUAUCUCUCCGUUGCCUUGGAUUCCCUGUUUUGAGUCGUAAUUUUUGUAAAAAGGGCUUCUUUCUCCGGCGAAAAUGGCGACCAGAGGGAGUCGAUCGGAGAAGGUGAAGAGGAUAUUUCAGCAAUUCGACGGGAACCGCGAUGGUGGGUUGAAUCGGGAAGAGAUGGCGGCUCUCGUCGUCGCUGUGAACCCUAGGGUCAGGUUCAGCGACGAACAGAUCAGCGCGAUUCUCGACGAGGUGUUCCGAACCUACGGCGAUUUCAUCGACGGAGACAAGGGUUUGACAUACGACGGUCUCCUCCGGACAUACGACGACGGCGCCGGAGAUGUCGACAGGGACUUUGAUGCUUUAGGGCUCGAGCUGAAUGUCGACGAUACAAAGGGCUCGGAGGCUUCGUCGUCUUCCAUUGUCGACGAGAGAGCUGUUGAUGCGCAGAAGAAGCAGAGGACUGCGGCGUGGGCGGUAUCGCCGAACCACGGAAUCGUGUUCGACGAGACGUGGAAGCUCGUCGACGAUUUGGAGAUUCUGGUGAAGAGAUUGAAAUCAAAGCAUGAGAAAGAUGGGAAGCUGAAGGCCGACAAUCUGGAUGCGUUUUCCGACGCGGGAUGGUCGAGAGAAUUGGGUCCGUCUUCGGAGGUAACGGAGAAAAGAGUAUCCUGGGAAGAAUCAGGUCACGAUCAUGCAGUGUUCGUUAAGGAACUGGGUGUUCUGAGGAGCAGAGCAGACGGAGCGAGAUCGAGAGAGGAAGCUUUUGAUGGGCAUAUGGCCAUUGGUAGGGUUUUGUAUGAGCACCAGUUGUUCAAAGAAGCUCUUGUUAGCUUCAAGAGAGCCUGUGAGUUGCAGCCGACAGACGUACGGCCUCAUUUCAGGACAGGAAAUUGUCUCUUCCUUCUGGGGAAGUGCAAGGAGGCCAAAGAAGAGUUCUUGUUGGCAUUGGAAGCUGCUGAGUCUGGCGGCAAUCAGUGGGCUUACUUACUUCCUCAGAUUUAUGUCAAUAUCGGUAUCGCCCUUGAAGGCGAAGGUAUGGUUUUGAGUUCUUGUGAGUAUUAUAGAGAAGCCGCAAUUCUAUGUCCCACCCAUUAUAGAGCUCUGAAACUUCUGGGCAGCGCACUUUUUGGGGUAGGAGAGUAUAGAGCAGCCGUGAAGGCGUUAGAGGAGGCUAUAUUCUUGAAACCGGAUUACGCUGAUGCACAUUGUGAUUUGGCAUCGGCAUUGCAUGCCAUGGGCGAAGACGAGAGAGCUAUUGAGGUUUUCCAGAGAGCUAUCGACUUGAAACCUGGCCAUGUCGAUGCUCUGUAUAAUCUCGGUGGCCUUUACAUGGACUUGGGUAGGUUUCAGAGGGCUUCCGAGAUGUACACGAGGGUUUUGGCCGUGUGGCCUAACCAUUGGCGGGCUCAGCUCAACAAGGCGGUGUCUUUACUGGGUGCUGGAGAAACCGAAGAAGCUAGGCGGGCACUGAAGGAGGCACUAAAAAUGACGAACCGGGUCGAGCUACACGAUGCUGUAUCACAUCUGAAACAGUUGCAGAAGAAAAAGGUGAAGAACAAUGGAAAUGGUGGCAAUGGAGAUAGCCCAUUCAUCAUUGUGGAACCCUCCAAGUUCAAGAUUGUGGGCGAUAAGACGACUUUAAGGCCGGAUUUAGCCAUUGCCCUUCAAAUUAGAGCUUUCCAAAGAGUCACAAGGCUGACGAAAUGCGAUGUGGAGGCACUGCGGAGGGAAAUGAGAGACAACGAUGUUCCUGUUUCGUACUCUGGCAAUGGAGGCCCGCAAAAAUCUAUACGGAAACCCAGCUUAGAAGAAAUCCUCCGACGUCUGCUUAAUGUUCUGAAGCCCGAAACUUUCCAGGGAGCAAUCAAAGCCAUAAACGAGAAAAUCCUCUCGGUUCUUGAUGAUACUGGCUCAGGAAGAGUGGAUCUCGGUAUGUUUUAUGCCAUAAUCGCCCCUCUAUGCGGUGGACAUCCAGACAAGCGGAAAAGGGCUGCUUUCGAUGCUCUUCUAUGGCGACCUGUGAACGAAGGAAGUUCUCAGAUCACGAAAACUGAUGCUGUAAGGUACAUCAAACUGUUGAGAGCUAUUUACAUCCCGUCACACGGGAUCAGCGAAAUGUUAGAAGUUCAUGGAGAGACCGAUACAUCGACGGUGACAUUCAACCAGUUCCUCAUCAUGUUCGAUGAUCCGGACUGGGGUUUUGGGGUCAUGUCUACUGUUCUCAGACUCGAAACCGGCGACAGAAACCGCCAUGUAAACCACGUAUGCUCAGUGUGUCGGUAUCCGAUCAUCGGGUCCCGGUUUAAGGAAAUGAAGAGCCGGUUUAGUCUCUGUAACCAAUGUUACAGUGAAGGGAAAGUGCCUCCUGCUUUCAGGCAAGAUGAAUAUAAGUUCCGAGAAUAUGGGAGCGAGGGUGAAGCCAUGAAAGCCAAGUGUGUCUGCUUCUCAACGCAAUCUCAUAAGAAACCGAUUGCCACUUGAGAACUCAUUGCACCACUUUUCUUUUCUUUUGUCUGAAUCGAUUGUGUCUAUCUGCAAAAUCUUUGUUCUCUGUAGUUGUGUAGCCCUUUUCUAGAUUUGUGUGUAUUGUUUAACUGAUUCAGUGUUUUGUCUGUGAGAAAUCUGUCCAUCUUUUCUGUACACUAAUAUUUCUUUUCCACAUUUUUUCUGGUCA